AUGCUCGUCGGGAGUGUUGCUGCAGCAGUCGCGUCGAUUGAGACGCGGUGCCGGGAGCUUGAAGAGGAGAACGGCAACCUCCAGAUUACGGUGGAAACCCUUGCCACAUCAGAGAAACGUCUCGCCACACAACUUAAACGAUGCGAAUCACAACGCGAUCGUGCUCAGGAGAUCCUCGAUGCGCUGGAAGUAGAGAGGAUGACUCGCAUGGAGGAGGACCAGGCUACUGACGACGCCCGUAUGGAGGAGCUCACCGCCCAAUUCACGAAUAUUCAACACCGCCUGGAGAAGAAGAUUGCUGAGCGAGACAGGCAAAUUGAAGACCUUCAGAAGCAGCUUCAGUCUGCUACAUCUCGUCCUACUCCGCUCCGCCUCCAGCCAACAUCUCCGCUAUGUCAGACACAGCGAACAGCCUUGUCUCGGCGUCCGUCUUUUGUCGAUGUCCUAUCCUCAGCUCGUCCGCGAACCUCUGCGUACCAAGAGGAUGACAGCAGACGGGGGCGAACCCAAUCCCGUUCAUCGAAACCUGCGAGUCGAAUGGCAAUGAGGGACAACUCUGAAGACGGUGCUUUUUUGGCACCAAGCUCAUCGUCGCCUCAUCCUUCACAACCUUCGAGCGCGGAGACCAGCAUGACUCAGAUCACGUCUAACUCCUCUUACCGCUCGAAGCCUCCGUCACCGUCUCCGGAGAGUAGCCCGCAGCGACCUGAUCACACGCAAGCCGAUACGAGAGGACGCGUUGCACAACGAGCUACGCCCGCGAGGCCCAGGAAAUCCGUGCAAGAAUAUCCUGCUUCACAAUCUCAGAGUGCACGAUCGACGAAGAGUACUUUCGUUGGUGUAGUCGUCCCGCCUCGCUCUCAGUCACGAAAUGCUCGACCUUACGCCACCGUUGCAUCAAGGACGCGCUCUCGCUCUCAUCCCCGGGUACAAGACUCAUCCGAUACGGCAAAUGAACCGACAUCGGAAUCUUCACCAGUUUCCGAGCACCAUCGACAUGUCAACCCUAUCAACGCUAGGCUUACUAAGGUUCGCUUGCAAGAUGAAGAAGAUAUCAUCUCGCCCCGAACGGCGUUGGCAGACGUCGUAAACGGCUCUUUUGACUCGGAGGAAGACCUCUCCAUCGAUGACGCUCAUCCGCCUGGUACAGUCUCGAAGAAACGGACACACCACGACUCCGACGACGAGUAUGAACCUCCCACUAAGAAAGGAGCUGCACGUCCUGCUGACCACAAGCGUGCUGUGGCUACGCCUCAUACUAUGCGCAAGAAAAAGGGCGGCGCAGAUAAGCAACAAGAGUUGCAGAACCUCGACCAUGUGUAUGGUCGACCACUUGGUCUAUCUUCUCCAUUGACACCCUAUCCGUACGAAGAAAUGGAUAUCGGUGCGGAGUUCCAGGACGUAGAAUCGCCGUUGCCAUCGCCCAUCACCCAUGCAAAGGCACUCCCAAAUCCCAACGAGUUCGCCAAAGGGCAGUUGGUCCUCGUCCGCACUUACUUCCCCUCUCAACUUCGAACGGACAGAGAGGGUCUUCCUGGAGCCCUCGCCACCUGGGAGGGCCCUUUCAAGGUGCUCGACAUGGUCAAAUCCAUGUCUUCCGGCGAGCCCACCCAAUGGAAGCUGGACAUCUCACUCGGGCCCGAUAGUAAGCCAUGGCUCGCCUCUUUCCCCGCCUCUCGUCUCCGACACUUCACCGGUGCCCGGGGCCCAGAGGAGUACAGGCGCGAGGUCGUCAGUUCUCUACGAUAUGGGAACAAUGGCCAGCCGAGGAAAGCCAUCGAGACGAUUGUGGCACAGAUGAAGCAUGGCAAAGGGCUAUACUUUUUGAUACGGUGGGAAGGCUAUGGAGUAGAGCGUAUGGAGUGGAAGACGAGGAGCGAUGUGAACAUCAAACUGGGCAAGAAGGGAAGGGAGAUCUUGAAGUGGUGGGAGAGCGUACUGGCCGAUGAACCGAAUGACUCUGAUGAGGCGUGA